GACCGACACGCCCAGCCUCUUCCUCACUGCUAUAAGCAGUAAAGUCGGAAACACAAGUUGAAGCGCAUCUUUUAUGUACCGUUAGCCGAAUACCGUUACUCUGCUACCGAGCCAAAGCAAGGUGGCCAGACAGAAGAAACAGAAAACAUGGCAAAAACGUACGAUUAUUUGUUUAAACUGCUGCUUAUCGGAGACAGCGGAGUGGGCAAGACAUGUCUGCUGUUUCGAUUCAGUGAGGACGCGUUCAACACCACUUUCAUCUCCACGAUAGGAAUUGACUUUAAAAUCAGAACAAUUGAGCUGGAUGGGAAGAAGAUCAAGCUUCAGAUCUGGGAUACAGCCGGACAGGAGAGGUUUAGAACCAUCACCACUGCAUAUUAUAGAGGAGCAAUGGGAAUUAUGCUGGUGUAUGAUAUCACAAAUGAGAAAUCAUUUGACAAUAUCAAGAACUGGAUCAGGAACAUCGAGGAGCAUGCAUCAUCAGAUGUGGAACGGAUGAUACUGGGUAACAAAUGUGACAUGAAUGAUAAGAGACAAGUUUCAAAAGAAAGAGGGGAAAAGCUAGCUAUUGAUUAUGGAAUCAAGUUCUUGGAAACCAGUGCAAAAUCUAGCACAAAUGUUGAAGAGGCCUUUGUCACUCUCGCUAGAGACAUCAUGACCAGAUUAAACAGAAAAAUGAAUGAGAAUAACCCUUCGGGAGGAGGAGGAGCAGUGAAAAUCACAGAGAGUCGAUCCAAGAAGCCAAGCUUCUUCCGCUGCACUCUGCUCUAACCCGGCAAAUUCUGCAGCCUCAGUGUGUGAAUGAUUUAAUUUCUCUAUGUGUGUUUGAGCUCAGUGUGUGUGUGUGUGUGUGUUUUGUGUGAGGGUUUACAGUACCACUGGACUUUCAGCUGUUAGCUGCUGCUGAGAGCUCUGGACUUUAGCCUGCCUCAUCUAUACAUAUUGAAGGCCUGAAGAGAGUGUGCUAGAUAAAGGACUCUUGAGCUGUUCCCAAAACAUUCCUUUUAAACCAAAAUAUCCAUCAACCCCAAUUUAGUGUAGCCUGAUUUGAAUUUUGAGAACUUUUUUUAAUCUUUAUAAUAAUUACAUAGUCAUUUUAUAGUUAUGUUAAUUUUAAAGGGUUUAUUAAAGCACCAUUUAAUGAAGGAAAUAUAUGAAGAGAUUACAUUAUAUCAAGCUUUUGCUAUUAUGCAGUUUUUGGCAAUAAAGAUUGUGGACCUAAAGUAGCGACUGAAGAACCUGAUGGUUUGACAGUUAAAUGUUGGUCAAACCGAAGGACAUGCAAUAUAUAUAUCAUUUUUGAUGUUGUUGAAUGACCUGUUUUGUUAUAUUUAAAGUCACCCAUUGUAUAUGCACUUAAUUUUGUUUUAGUUACCAUUCCAAAGCCGCAAUAAACCGUGGAAUAGUAAGCAAUAUUCCACAGGUCUUAGUCUUCCCCCUUUCCCUGACUUUACCUUAUUAAUCUUAGUAGUAACAAAGACCAAAGUAAACAAAGGAAAAGGAAUCGAAACUGUGAUUGAUACUAACAGUCAAAAUGUCUCUUUCUUUUUCUGUUGCAAUCUCUUAUAUAUUAAGCAUGAAAAAGAAAGACAAAAGAAUAAAUAGAGGGCUAGGAACCGUUUCCUAAUGCUUGUUGAAGCAGCAGCCAGCCAGGCCCUGUAUAUUAGUAUAUACAGUAUUACAUUUACUAAUGGUAUUAUAUUUUUAUACUCUAUUGACUUAAGCAUCUUUUACUUACCACUGCAUAUGAAGCACCUAAAGCAUGUUAACCUGUGCUUAUGUGAGAUUGAUUUGUGUUAAUACUAUUUUUUUAACUCAUUUAAAUGUCACAGUAUUCUGAAUGUUGUCUUUUGUAAUUCCCUCUUUUAUAAGACUCUUAUGAGUGUGAAAUCGUGUAGUGUUUACAACACCACUGCAACAGUAUCUUUUUUUUUGGUUUAAGUCGUGCACUGUUAUCUGUGUGUGUGGGUCUCUUUUAGAACCUCCUCACUUCAUAAACCACUUAAACCCCCGCUUGUGAAGUCAGCCACUUAAAAAAAAGAGUGCAAGAUUGUGAUAGUUUGAAUGUGUUCAAGUGUCCUUUGAGCUUACUGGGCUAUUACCAGGCCCAUGUGGAAUCUGCAGACUUUUGCAGAUUUUGUGGGGAAGAAAAUACAUGGAAUUCUGCAUUUCAACAUGGUUACAUUGGUUAGCUAGAGCUCAGAGUACUGGCUCCUAUUACUUUAGUGCACAAAAAGUGUUCCAAUUCUGUGUAAAUCUGCAGAUCUUUCCAUGUAGAGAUUCCAUGUGGGCAUGUUACAAAUUCAGAACACAAAAUUCAAACUGAAUUCCAACCUAGAUAUUUCAGAAUUCACCUAAGUUACUCAGAAUGAUUCUACUGUUUAUGUUUAGGGGUGUACGAUUGCUCGAGUUCUGUUGGCAUUGUGCAUCUGUUUGAAAGAUCCCCUGCUUGUGCUUUUGAGGCGUGCCGUUUGUACUCAAAGCGAUAGUUCACCCAGAAAUUAAAAUUCAUUAACCCUCAUGUCAAUCCAAACUUGGGCUUGUUUUGUUCUGUGGAACAUAAAAGAAAUAUUUUUGAAAUGACAAAUGUCUGCUUUUUGUCCAUACAGUAAAAGUGAAUGGUUUUGCUUACCAACAUUCUUCAAAAUCUGUGUCGUACAAAAAGUCAUACAUGUUUGAAAUGACACAAGGGUGAGGAAAUGAUGACAGAAUGAUCAUUUUUUGGGCGAACUAUCGCUUUAAUGGCCCAGUAGUCAUGUUUUGAAUAUGCAUGCAGGCACAUUUGCAUAUUUUUCAAUGAAACAGUGACAGCACUCAGCCUCCCGUUAGAGCAUAAAGUCUUACUGACCAUUCAGUGCAAGCUUUUAUUUUAUAACGUCUUCCUUGAUUUUUCUUGUGUGUAUUGUACUGUGUCAGAGUUACUGAUUAUGUAAAAAAAAAAAGAUUAAAGUAUCUUUUCUAAGUUA